AUGGCUGAUCCCUCUUCUGGGUCGGAUCCCGCUUCUGUUCCAGACGGUCCCUACCAGACGUCCCCAGAUGAGAGAUUCAUCUCCCCUUUUGCCCCCUUCCUGACUCACAUAGCCUUCGUCGAGGAAGUCGCUCCCAUCUUUCGCUGGUGCGAACAGCGCCGAAUAUACUAUGCCCUCUGCACGCACAUCGUCAAUUUUAAUCGCUGCCACCAUCCGAUGAAUCCAACCGGCGUCUGCAACCCUGGAGCGUGCCGCUACCCGCCUGAGUAUGUCGUCUACACCGAAUAUCUAUGUCCGGACUGUCAGCGCCGCGGCCGCGCUGAACCGCCCCCUACCGAAGAUGAGCUCAAUCGCAGCAAUAGCGAAUGGGGUGCUCGCGCGAACUCGAGUCGUGACAAUUUUUUCCAGCUCGUCAGCGAUGCGGGUCAGGAUGGCAACUUGGCUCUGCAGGAGCUCGAGGACCCAGAGGAGCUAUUCGAAAACCCCGACAUACUAGGCCAGGAGAUCCUCGCUGAGAUGGCCGCUGCUGAAAUGGACGAAAUGCCCUUCUCAGACGAAGAGGAAGAUGAAGAUGAAGAUGAAGAUGAAGAUGAAGACGAAGACGAAGACGAGGAUCCCGGACCCCCUCCCGUCCUACCCCCCCUCCCUGAUGAUGACGAUGAUAGAGUCGAGUUCGAUGUUGAUGAAAGGGACGGUGGUGGGUUCGAAGGUUGGGUCGCGCGUCUCCCGCGGGGAUACUCAACACUUACGCGCGCACAGUGGUUUGCUCGGCUCGCCUGGCGCAACAAUAGGGCACGCGAGCUGGGGCACAGGCCAGCAUUGUACUACGUCCCCGAUGUUCCGGGCGAUGAGACGGGUCUGCUAGUGCGCGCGGGUCCAGUACCUGUGGGAGCCUCGUGCUCCAUCUGUAUGAUAGACUUCGGCGCGGAGGGCGACGAGGGUGAGGAUGUCCGUCGCCUACCAUGUGGUCAUCUGUUCCAUUAUGGGUGUAUUUUGAUGUGGCUGUAUAAUCGCAAUUGCCCUUUUUGCAGGCGGAUGUAUGUGUUAAGGGGCAUUCCGACGUUUGUGGAUGAGAGAGAGGGUAGUUCGAGCAGUCUAAGUGACCCGGGCGAGACGCUAUCUCCGCCUUAUAUUCCGCCUGCGUCACCGCCAUCGCCUGGCGUACCGCAUAUAGGCGGGAUACCGCUUAUACCAGGAGGUGUGCUAGGAGGUCAACGGCAAGGAGGUCCACAGCAAGGAGGUCCACAGCAAGGAGGUCAACAGCAAGGGGGUCAACACCAUGGAGGGCUACCGAUUAGAACAGUAACGAACAGGCCAAAAACAACCUAUCCGUAUAAUUCGCAGAGCACCGGCCGAGGAGGUGGCAAUCAAGGAGGUGGCAACCAAGCAUGA